AUUUUGGAUCAGACAUGUUAUUCUCAAAAAGGAUUCUUAUGGCGAGGAAAGCAACCUCUCUGUCAAGGUUCGCACAGAGAAGUUUUCUACUAGGCUACGACAACACGAAUAUUGAUCUUGAUGGGGAAUUUAGAACAAAAAGGGUUUUUAAGAAAUAUGCUCCCUCAAAAGCAGUGAUCUUUAACUUUCACUCUAAAGAAGGCAAUAUUGCUAAGAUUUUUGAAGCUACUCAUAAUCAUAAUACCAGGAAAAAUCUUUGGGCUCUCAGCCUCCCAGCUUCAUUAGGAACAGCAGCUUUUAUUUACCAAACUUUAGGUAUGGGAGCAAUAUAUGUCUAUGCACCAUAUUUGGCGAUUUCUCCUCUGGUGCUAAGAAUGCUUAACAGAGUUCUCACAAAUUCGAGUGGGCAUAAGAGAGUCUCUGAUAUGUAUCUUCUCCAGAACGGGGAUCAAAUCCUUCUCAAGACUUACGAUGGGGUUUGGCAUAAAGUCUGUAUUCAAGACAUUCAAAGCUAUAAAAUGAACGAUAAGUCUACAUAUAUUGAAAUAUUGAUUGUUCUAAAAGAGCGGACUUAUGUCCUCUCUACAAAGAGCAAGACCUUCAUCAACUUUGAAAUUAUGGAUAAAAUAAUGAAAGGAGUAUGAAUCCAAACAAACCUGAGCACAUCAAAAGCAAGACCUCCCGCCAAUAUCUCCAAAGAAGGAAUAGUAACCGUAGACAUCAAGCACACUCUUGGAAUCUCCUCCAAUACUAAAAAGGUAUUAUCUCCACAAGACCAAGAAAUAUCUUCUGAAUUCGAAAAAUUCGGCAUCCCUUACUACUCAGAAUCAGACUUUUACUCCCUCUUCAAAACCACCCGAACAGACUUCCUGACCUCGCUCACUCCCCUCAGUCCUUCCCAAGCCCAGGCCAAAAUCAACACCCUCUACGACUCCAAGACCAGAGGGAGGAAACUUAACUUAGCCCACGUAGAACAGAAUGUCAGGAAGAAACUUGAACAGAAGAACAAGAUGAAGGCGAACAAGUAGAGGAAUUUAGGUUUGGUUAAGAACAGGUGGAGAUAAGGAAGUGUAGG